AUGCGUGGGAGCUGGCCGGAGAGGUGCGCGCGGGCGUCACGCAUAAGCCCCGCGCCGACGCGGGCGGCGGCGCCGGCGCGUCCUCCGGCUCGUGCUACAGGGCCGCCGCGCACCUCAGCCACACGGCGCAGUGGGAGAGCACGCGGCUCGAGGCAGAGGCGCGCCUGGCGCGCGGCCAAGCUACGCGCGCUCGCCUCGCCGCCCGCGCCGCCGCCGCCGGCCAGCGGACUCGAGUCGCCCACCUCGACGCUCAGCUUCUCCGAGAGCGCGUUGUUCGCCGGCGCGGCCCACGACCACGUGCACGGCGCGGCGCGCGCGCCCGCCGUCCUGACGCCGCACUCGUACGGGGAGGCGUUCGGGGAGCAGCACCGGUUCGGUGAUUACGCCGCCACGCCAGGCUUCCUCGCCGGCGUCCUUCUUGACUGCGCUGUCGCCGGCACGGAACAGAGGUUCGCGGCCGCGUCGGCGAACGCUAGCGUCCUUGAGCAGCAGGAGGAGGAGGAGGCGCAGGUGCACGGUGCGCAGGCCGCCGCUGUGGGCAGCAAGCGCGGGACAGCACGCCCUGAUGAUUAG